CAAUACAAUCAUUCGACUACUUGAAGAUAAUGGAUGCAUAUGAUUUGUUCAAAAAGUUGGGUGCAGGAGCAAAGUUUGACUUCAAAAGAUUCCGAUCUGAUGCAGAAAAAUUACACAUAUUAAAACGAAAAGAGGAGCCAUCUCACCAGAAAAUUGACCCAGUGGGAGGGCAAGGAAUCGAGGAAGAAAUUCCUGUUAAAAAAUCAUCAGUAUCAGCAAAUGUAAGCACUGAUGAAGAAAAUGAAAGCUCAUCUGAGUCAGAUUCUGACAGUAAAGAAUCCUCAGGUUCGUCUAGCAGUUCUGAAAGUGAAAGUGAGCAUGAAGAAGGAUUGGAACAAGAAACAGAAGGAGAUAUACAGUUGCUAGGCAACAUCAGGUCAAAAGGUGACAUUGAUGUAAAUCUGUACAAGGAACAGAGAAAAGAAAGAAAGAAAAAGAAAAAAGAUGUUAACCCAGAACAGAAACAGGCUGAGUUGAAGCAAGAGCAGAUAAACCAUGUGAGGAAUGUGAAUCGCAUCCACGUGUAUGGAACGGAUGUCCCUGAGCCAGCAGAAAGCUUUGAUGAACUGAAAUCUCGCUACAACAUCAAUGCCAGGAUCAUAGAGAACAUCCAGGGUGUUGGUUAUACCAGCCCCACACCCAUACAGAUGCAGGCUGUUCCUGCCAUGUUGGCGAGGCGUGAGUUGAUGGCAUGUGCCCCGACAGGCUCGGGAAAGACAGCAGCUUUCAUAUUACCCAUACUGCACCAGCUGCGUGAGCCCAGGAAUGAUGGGAUACGUGCACUCAUCCUCUCUCCAACCAGGGAACUUGCCAAACAGACAUACAGGGAAUUCCAGAGACUGUCUGAGGGGAUUGGCUUCAGGAUUCUCUAUAUCGACAAAAUAGGCAGUGAUGUUAACAAGAUGAAGAAGAUCUCCAAGAAAGUUGACAUCCUGGUGUCCACUCCAAACCGACUCCUCUACCUGUUGAAGCAGUCGCCCCCAGUUAUCUCCCUGACCAGUGUUCAGUGGUUGGUUGUUGAUGAAUCUGAUAAGCUGUUUGAGGAGGGGAAAACUGGAUUCCGGGAUCAGCUUGCGUUAAUCUACAAGUCAUGUGACGGUGCCAACCUGCGACGAGCCAUGUUUAGUGCAACGUUCGCCUUCGAUGUCGAGGAAUGGUGCAAAUUGAACCUUGACAAUGUCGUGCAAGUUUAUGUGGGUGCCAGAAAUUCAGCCACAAAGACGAUAGAGCAGUCACUGUUAUUCUGUGGAGUGGAAACUGGCAAGAUGAUCGCUCUCAGGAACAUUAUCAGACAGGGAAUACAGCCACCCGUUCUAGUGUUUGUGCAGUCGAAGGAGCGAGCCCAGGAGUUGUUCCAUGAGCUCAUAUAUGAUGGGAUGAACGUGGACGUCAUACAUUCUGACAGGACUCAGCUUCAGAGAGACAACGUGAUCAAGAGUUUCCGGGCUGGUAAAAUCUGGAUCUUGAUUUGUACGGAGCUGAUGGGGCGUGGCAUUGACUUUAAAGGAGUUAACCUCGUCAUCAACUACGAUUUUCCAAAUAGUGCAAUAUCAUACAUUCACAGGAUAGGACGUACGGGACGUGCAGGCAGGAUGGGGAAAGCUGUUACAUUCUUCACUGAGGAUGAUGCCAUCUAUUUACGAAGCAUUGCCAAUGUAAUGAGAACAGCAGGCUGCCCAGUACCAGACUACAUGUUGAAAAUUAACCAGCCUAACAGGAAGGAGAGGAAGACUCUAGCGAAGGGAUCCAUCAAGAGACCCAAGAUUUCCAGCAUGUCCAGAUACGACCAGGAGAAAUUGAAACACAAGAAGAAAAUCAUAGGAGACAGUAGGAGAAAGAAACUUGGACUGCCGACAGGGAGGAAUAGCCAAGGCAUUAAAUGGAAGAAUCAAAACCAGAAAAAACAAGAUUCAAAUGUUAAUAAUGUCAACGGUAAAACCAAAGUCAGUAGUGGUAAAACUGAAGUCAGUAAAAUGGCUGGUGAAAAUAGUGACAAAUCUCAGAAAGGAGCAAAGAGGAAAAGGAAAUUGGACGGGGGGAAUGAAAAUGAUGAUGUGACUAGCGCAAAGAGGAAGCAUUUUGACAAUGCACAGACCAUACAGAUAAAGUACAAGAAUAAAUGGAAGGGACAGGGUGGGGGGAAAAAUAGGGGAAAGAAGUUUCAAAAGGGGAAAAGUGGGUCUGGAAAGAAAUCUUCAUGAUAUGUUGUUUUCCUUUAGAGAUCAAGCGCAUGUCUGUACUGCAUCAUGAAAUCUUCCAUUAGGUUGCUCAGAUUGUUGAUUGUUCAUUAAUUAAAUCAUUUCUUGUGUAAUAUACCAUUUAACUGUUAAGAACACCUUUUUUACACAUAUCUGAAUAGAACUAUUUUUUCUGCUCAUACAAAAAAUGUAUAUAUGUCAUGUCAAUCAUGGUGAAAUUUUUGAAACACUGGUAUGUAGGAACAUUUGUUUGACAUUAUUUAUAUGUUUUGUAUAAAAUUUGGAAAUUAUAAGGUCACUAUGACAUGAAUACCAUUUGUUAUUAAAACCAUGUUUGUUACUUGUUAACAACAAUUCUGUUAGUUCUUCAAUAAAUGCAUUAAAGAGAUAAAACAA